AUGGCGAACAGUCCUUUGGCGCAUCUGCGUCCCUCAUCUAUCGCCUCCUCGCCCUCGCCCUCGCCCUCGCCCUCGCCGUCGCCGUCACCCUCCCCGGCCGAUGCCGCGCCGCGCUGGUUCCGCAUCGAUUCCUCGCAACGCCUCUCCCGGGUCCACAACCGCCGCCGCGGCGGCAGUAGCAGCACCGGCUUGCCCUCGUCCUCGUCCUCGUCCUACCUCGCACAAGCCCAACUCCUCCUGCGACAGGCUCUCGACUGGGGUCUCGGCCUCCUCGCCUGGUACCUGCGGCUUCCCCUCCUCCCGCAGCUCCUCCUCGGCGCCGCGGGACUCGUGCUCGGCGUGCUCGCCCUGCUGGCGCUGCUCUACACGCACGCCUUCUUCGACUGGCUCGGCCCCGUCGCCGACAAGUGGCGGCGGCUGCCGGGCGGCUGGCUCAUCAACUUUGCCAUGGUCUUUGCCACCUCGUUCCCGCCCCUCAUCGGCUACGCGACCGCCACCACCGUCGCCGGCUUCGUCUGGGGCUUCCCCUGGGGCUGGCCCGUCGCCGCCGCCGCCUGCACCCUCGGCAGCCUCUGCGCCUUUGUCGCCAGCCGCACCGUGCUCGGCGGCUUCGUCGAGCGCGUCGUCGGCAGGGACCCGCGCUUCGUCGCCCUCGCGCAGGUCAUGCGCAAAGAGGGCCUCCUCUACCUCACCGCCAUCCGCUUCUGCCCGCUGCCCUUUAGCCUGAGCAACGGCUUCCUCGCCACCAUCCCCAGCAUCACACCGCUGGCAUUUACCGUUUCCACGGGCCUGUCAAGUGUCAAGCUCCUUGUCCACGUCUUCAUCGGCAGUCGCCUCGCCGUACUUUUUGAAAAGGGCGCCGAAAUGUCCACUCGCGACAAAAUCAUCAACUGGACCGCCAUGGGCCUCAGCGGCUUCGUCGGCCUCGCCGUCGGAUUCGUCAUCUACCGCCGCACCAUGGAGCGCGCUGCCGACAUUGCGCGCGAACAGGCCGCCGACGGCGACGAUGACGACGCUGAGCAGGGCCGUGCUGGCUAUGUUGACUCCGAGACCACCCUCCUCGAUCCCGAAGACGCCGCCGCCAUCAUGUCCGACGACGACCUGUCCAUGUGGGAGGCUCAGGGCGGCAACUACUCGGACGAGGAGAGCGGCAGCGGCAGCGACGGCAAUAGGUCCGCGACCAAGGGUCUCAAACUGCACUAG